AACACUAACAAUGAUCAAAAGAAUUGGGGGGACUUAGUAAGUGUUGUCAUGCUUUGUUCUUUGCUUUUUAUGCUUAUUUAUGCUUAUAUUACUAAUACAUAAUGGUUUGCAGUGGCUACAUGUCACCUAAGUAUGCGAUGAAUGGGCAAUUCUCAGUGAACUACGAUGUUUAUAGUUUUGGUGUCCUACUUCUAGAGCUCAUUAUUGGUAAGAAGAAUAGCUUUUUCAACCAGGAAGACAAAGGCGAAGGCCUGGAAAAACUGGAGAGACGGUACGCCAUUGUUGGUGUUAGAUCCCGUCAUUGGAGAAAGGUCAUUGGAGAGAGGUAUUCAGUUGCCGAAGUUGCUAGAUCCCUUAGAAUUGGUUUGCUAUGUGCUCAUGAAGAUCCAAAUCGUAGACCCACAAUGCCCACAAUGGCGGACAUAGUCCAUGAGUUGAACAGCUGCUCUGUUACUCUUGAAUUGCCCCAACCGGCUUUCUGCUCCAGUAGGACUGGGAGACUGGAAUUGAACAAAUCCACCGGGAGGUCUAUCAUUGGGGCUGAAUUUGGGUGAUCAUCAACGAACAACAAGUAAACACGGUGUCUUCUCAUCGAGGUUUACGGUGUCUUCUCAUCGAGGCUAAUAUGGUCGUUUAUAUUAAUCUAUUCAUAUGCGAAUGGAAGUUCUUCCUCAUAUGAAGAAAUGAUUAAUUAGAAAGGACCAUCUUUAUUGAGGGUUUCACUUCAUUGUGAAGAUUUUCUCAUAGUAUUUUCAUGAUAUGUGAUAAUAAAAUCUGCACGCUUUAUUUCCAUCACA